AUGGAAAUAAAGAAAAAAUAUCGGAAAUUAAAAACUGCAAAUCAAGCUGAAAUUCUACGAUCACAUCAGAGAGACGAUGAUUUUGUCAAACAUUUACGAGAAAAAGUUAUCGAUGUUCUACAAAUUAUUGAAAAACGAAUGGGUUUGCUACCCCUUAUACACUCUGACAUUCCAUUUAAAUUAAUUUAUUAUUUCUUUACGACGGGAAUGGGAAAUCAAACAUUAGGGGAAGAAUACACUGGGAUAGUGCAAGCCAAUUUAGCAGCUCAGAAAGUUCCAUCCUUAUAUGCAAGGGUAUUGGCAGUAAUUUUGGAAUGUCUUGGGGAAAAAGCAUUGAUUAGAGUACUGAAAAGAUUAGAAUUAUCGAUUAAUCAUCCUCAUAGUAAAUUAACUCCUACAGCUGUAAUAUUUUUAAAUUCUUUUAUACAACGAAUGUGUACUAUGAUACCUACUUUCAUAUUAGUACACAAAGGACUAUUUUAUAUGUUUGGUCGAUAUUAUAGUUUGGGUAAAAGAAUAUCAGGAAUAGAUUACGCAAAGGUUUAUGGUCAUCGGCCUACCGAUACUAUUAGUUGGGGAUUAAGACUAUUAGGAAUUGCUACAUUUGCACAAUGUUUGUUAAAAAUCUGGCAAAGUAGGAACAAUGAAAGUCGUUUUGAGAAAUACUUAACAGUUGACGAGAAACAUAAUAAGCUGAUGUGCCAGUUGUGCCUUGAAAAAGUGCCAACAACUACCACACCCUGUGGUCAUUUGUUCUGUUGGUUUUGCCUUACUGAUUGGUUGAAUACUAAACCACAAUGUCCACUGUGUAGAGAACAUGUUGUACCUUCUAGAAUUGUGUAUGUAAUGAAUUUGUAA